CUGUCGCACACCGAUUCCAGACGUCGUCAAAGCAUAUCUUUUGCCGUGCUGAAGUCCACUCUGAGCCCAUAUCCCUCGCAAUCGUCUUCAUGGACAUAAUCCUGGAGUUCUUCACAGAUUCAAUCAGAGAAACCAAAGAUCAAAAGGGCUGAAAUGGCGCCCAUAGCGUCGUCUGACUCCCCAAGUUACUAUGAAGUUCCGGCGCUCCCGGUGCUGCUGUCCACCGCAAGUUUCCUCUACCUCCUCAGGGUAGUUGAAUACCUGUCCGACUUGAUAACCAACACUCACCUUCUCGGUUCACUGCUGCUCGGUAUCCUCUGGGCAAGCCCACACGUUGGCAAUCUCCUCAAUACACAAAUCCUCUCCACAUUCACUCUGCUAGGCUACAUUGGCCUCCUACUCCUCAUCUUCGAAGCAGGGUUGACCACACCCCUCAACCUCCUCCUCAAACCUGCCAACCUCGCGCUGUCCAUGCUGGUAGCAGCAGCCGGGAUUGCCUUCCCUUUCGCUCUCACCUUUGGCCUCUUGCAUGGAGCUUUUGGAUACACCGUCCUGCAAAGCUUCGGGGCUGGUGCCGCGCUGUGUUCGACUUCACUCGGUACCACGAUCGCGUUACUGAACGAUGAGAUGCGGACUAGGCGAGUUGGAGUGGUGCUAAUGACGGCUGCGUUGGCGGAUGACGUGGUGGGACUUGUUAUUGCUGGCAUUGUCGCAAACCUGGGAGGGGACGUCGGAGGAGGGAGUAUCCAUUGGUCUACCAUCGUCAGACCGAUUUUAGUGUCCUUGGCGUUCACUUUCUUGACGCCUGUGGGAGCUGUCGCUGUUAAGAAGAUUAUGACUCUGUUCAAAGGCGCAUGUUUCAGGGCGCCGUGGCUUCGCGUUCGGAAGUCCCAUGUUUACCUGUUCACUAUCGUCGCCACCCUCACCGGGUUCGUUGCAGGGUCGCAUUAUGCCGGGACGAGCGAGUUGUAUGGGGCCUACCUAGCUGGAACGUUCCUCUCAUACGUUUUUGCUCCUCCAGCCCAGGACCAUUUACCCCACAACCUCGAAGCACCAUCCUCUGCCACGACUACGUCCGUGUCCCCGCAGGCCGAAAUCCUCCAACGUUCCGAUUCCAAGCAGCAAGCAAAUGUCGCAGACUCUCAGGCUGUUGAAGAGCCAAUCCCUCACCCAAUCGAAUCAGCAUUCGCCAAAACCAUCCAGCCUCUCCUCAUCAACCUCCUCUCACCACUGUUCUUCGCCUCGAUCGGUGCUUCACUUCCCGUUCAGAACCUGUUUAGCGUCCAGCUCACCACUUUCGCCGAUGGUCAACCAUCUCUCAGAACCUCGCACGACGUCAUCUGGAAAGGAAUCGUCUACUCCAUGCUCAUGGUCAUCGCGAAGGCGGCGACCGGACUUUGGAUCCUUGCCUGGCCGGACGAACCAUCCAAACAUGAAGACGCACAACCGACUCCGUCUGCAUUCAAACGCCGUCUUCCCCAGGCCUUGUUUCUCGGUUUGGCCAUGGUCGCGCGCGGGGAGAUUGCACUCAUUGUGGCACAGUUGGCUGCUCCUUUGCUCACGGCGAGCGUGGAUAAUACCGGAUUCCCGAGUCAAGAGCCGUUUGCGGUCGUCAUCUGGGCGAUCUUGCUCACAACAGUUUGCGGAGCGGUUGGGGUUGGUAUUGUGUUGAGAAGGAUGAAAAUCUGAGCGUACCCCAGCCUAUACUGUCUCAUUUAAUUUCUGUGUCUCAAUCGAUCCACUUGUAACAA